ACCAGGCGAUACAAAAAAUUGACAAAAUUGAUGUCUAAUUCAGACCAGAGUAUUCAUGAUUUACUUGCAAAAGCAAUAUCAGGCUCCGAUCCAACUGUGGUGGACUUUAGCGCGCUCCGGGAACUACUUCAAAUGAUUGAAAAACGCUUGAAAAACAUUCGCAUUGUAAUGACAGAUUCAACAGAAAACGGCCAGGAUGAAAAAUUUAAUGGUGAAAUGGUUGUCGCUGUUACUGAAUAUGAUGAAGAACAGCACCCAGAGACUACUGAGACUGAUGUUACAAUCGAAGAGAAAAACCUUGCUAAAAAAAAGUACAUUACUAAGCUAACUCCGUCUGAGGUCAAAUCUCCGAAAAAGGUUAAAAAACAAACCAAAGAACAAAGUUUUGAACCAAAACCGGCGAAAUAUAAGCCUGAAGAAAAAAGUGACAAAAAGAAAAAAGCGCUAAGCCCGAUUUCCCCAAGAAGAAUUAAACACAGUGCAGAUGAGAAGGUGAAGAUGGAUACGGUUGAAUCACAGUCUAACGUAGAAGAGCAAAUAAGCACACCAGAAAAUGAGACCGAAAAGGAGGAUGUUGAACUUACACAUCAAGAAUCGGUUGAGACUGAUGAACGUACACCUUCUUUGAAUGAGAUUGAUUUACACCUUAACAUUGAUGAAACGGAUGAUGAAGAUAGGAUUGCUCUUCUCUCCGAGGCAACGUCAAUCAAAAUUUUUUUGCAAAAAGAUAGUGUUGAAAGUGCAGAUGCAGAUGAAAGAUCGCUAGCAUCGUCGCUGGAAUCAAAACCACAAGAGCAAUACAACAAAGAUGACAUCGAAAGUUUCUCAUCGGGUGCAGCAAAAAUUGAAAAAGUACCGAGACUUAAACGUGAUUUCAAAGCUAAGGCGAAUGACUUGAAAGAUCCAAAACCAAAACAAAAACGUCUAAAAGAAAUAACACGAUCAUCUAUACCAACGGUUGAUAAGUCGUCGAUUCCACCUGAUGUUAAAUCAUCAGUUGGGCUAAAGCGAAGAUCGAAAAUCCGAAAACUACCGCCAUCGGCUGAAACUUUGAAUGCGCUAAACAAAUAUUCAGGUAUGAAGGAAAUGUCCAGUUCCGAUAAGAAUUAUGAUGAGAGUGCUACCGAAAAAUCAGUUACACUUGCUGAUAAAAUUGAAACGCCAAAACAGAGUCGCUUCCGAUCGAAAUGCGAUAAAAUGACGCAAACUUGUCCGCUCGACAAAACGGAACAAAAAUGCUGCAAAGAAAAUCAAGACAUUCAGAUGCAACAAAAGGAAAAUAAAAUGGGACAAAACACUAAAUCAUCGCCCAUUGAAGCAUUACCGAAUCGAAGAAAGUGCAUGUGCCGACUACCAAUGGCAUGUAAUUACGUCAAAAAUUCCAAACAACGUCCAAUUGCUUGCUACUGUGCCUGUUCAUACAUUCAAGGAAUCAACGCAAGUACAAAUCAAUGUCGAAAACGUUCUUUAUUGUAA